AUGAAUCUGGGCGGACAGGACUGGGACACGGUUGUCCUCAGCAAGAAGCGCCAGCCCUCCAAGCAGGCCAACUCGGAGCAGGCCGUCAACGUGGCCAGGAAGCAGGGAGCGGCGGUGGACACGGCGAAGAAGUACGGCGCUGCGGCCAACACGCAGAAGGGCACGACGCUGAACACCGCCAAGCUCGACCGCGAGACCGAGGAGCUCAAGCACAACCGCGUUUCGCCCACGCUCGCCAAGGCCAUCCAGCAGGCGCGCCUGAACAAGAAGCUCACGCAGGCGCAGCUCGCGCAGCAGAUCAACGAGACGCCCAAGAUCAUUCAGGAGUACGAGCAGGCCAAGGCGAUCCCGAACCCGCAGCUGCUGUCGAAGAUGUCGCGUGUCCUGGGUACCAAGCUCACCAAGAACAUGUGA